CCAUUCAACUGACAUUAGGAGAAAGUACACGCAAAGAAACAAGCAUCGUGUUUAUUUCACAUCUCAAAAGCCUAGGACUUUUUUCUUUUGGAAGGUAAAAAAAACAACCCAGGUACACGAUUAUCGACCUUUUCAUCCACUUUCUGUUUCAAUUUUGGCGGUAGCUAUACUGUAAAUUGUCAGCCAAUCUUUGGGCUGUCAAAUUUCUUGGAUUCACAACAGCAAACGCAAAAAGGUGCUAUUGUAAUUCAUUAGAACAUGUUACGAGGCGCUGGCUACAAUCUCCGCCUUCUGUCAUAUUCUGUUGUGCAAGUCACAACCAUCUGAGCUACAUUGCAGCAAUUAGUGGCUUCAGCGAAAGGAGUUUUACUAAUUACACAAAAUUACUCGCUUGUGCUAUGUAUGCGGUAUUACUUUCAUAUUUUUCUUUUCGGAUGAAUAUCGGGUGAUCGAUAUGAACUUUAACGAAGGAUUUCGAUACACAGGCGGGUUCUUUAAUACUUCAUGAAAUAAAAAGAAUACAUGCGCCACUAAACGGCACAAACUACCUGAGUGAUAUGCUUGUUCCGUUCCUGAGCAAGCUACAGGGAAGGGAUUUGAUUUCAACUGUGUCUAUAAUCAAAUUAACUUGAAAACUGCGAUUUUCUCCUCGUUUCGCCUUUUGUGACGAGGUUUUCUGCGUUGUGCAUGACCUCAAGUGAGAUAUUAUUCUCGAGAGGAAAACACGUUUUGUCAUUUAAUCGCUUGUGACAGAGAUAACAGAAGCAUAUUUCCGGUUCCUUUGCUUCCAUGGAGCCGGAUAGAACAAUUCUUUUGCAAAGACACGCGGAUACAGAUGUGACAGAAGCACACAGCGUUAAAUGGAUGGUUAAGGAUUCAUUCAAUACAAAUACUUUAGCAAACAAAACAACGAUCGUUAAAUACUGAAGUUAUCUAGCGUCAGUGUUUAGAGUAGACCGAGAGGUGGUGGCGCUAACUCUUCUAUUUGACGAAGCAUGGUUGGCGCUCUUCCGUGAUAUUAGCCCGUAAUUCAUUUUAUAGCCAUGAUGGGAUUUUCGGAUUUUUCCAAUGCAUUCAUCAUAAAAUAUCCCCAGUUUGUGUACAGUUGAACAUUUUUCCCCAACUUUUUUGGCUGUGGAAGGAAACUUCUGAUUUUUCGUUUGUAUUUCCGCCGGAACACAAAAUGUGAUUCGUUUUACGUGACCAAUGCCCAAAUAUGGAUGGAUUACAAAUUAUAAAUGGCACCUUACUCUUGGUUUUGCUGAUUUCGGCGUUACUGACGAAGGCUCAGUUUCAUGGUUUUAAAAGCACUUCAGUCAUUCACCCAUCUUUCAAUCCCAGCAAGCGUAACGUAACUUAUCACGUGGGAGAGACAGCCCUGUUGGAGUGCUCGGUGGAAAAUCUUGGAACCAAAGAGGUAAUCUGGAGAAAUAGAAACCAGAAGCACGUCAUCACUGUCGGUACAUUCGUAUUCGUAGGAAGUGGUGCAUACAGUGUGAGUCAUCCCGCCAACAGCCCGCACUACGACCUCGUCAUCAAAAACGUACAGAAACACCACGCGGGAGUGUUCGAAUGUCAAGUUAGUACACAGGAAGAGAUGAGCAUCGAUGUUACGCUUAACGUCGUCGAUGCACCAAUGGGCAAACCCACAUACUCAUCCUCAACAAGAAUACCCAGACCAGCCCUGUCUCUUUCUGGAGAGGAGUUCGUAGACCAAGGAGAUCCCAUUCGUCUCUCCUGCAAUGCAACGGGAGUCCAACACGCGCCUGAAGAUGUCGAUUGGUUUUUCAAUGGACUUAAAAUUCAGAGCAGUGUUCAAGAGGAAAUUAUCAUUACAAAAUUUCAUAGUCCAGAGACUAAGACUCUUAUUAGUACUUUAGAAAUUGAACGCAGUAAAAUGAAUAAUUCAGGAUCUUAUAUCUGUAGAAGUACUGAUCUUAAGAUUGAAAGCCACAGCGUGAUGGUGAUUAAUGCAGCGAGUAAUACUAAAGAGAGAGCGGUGGCAGAAGCUGGAGGAGAUAUGGAUGAUAGAACCAACCGACACGUGGCACAGCACAGAGACAAUAAGUGUUCAUUAUUAACGAUUUAUUCACCUACUCUGGUGUUCUUAUCGACAUUAUCCUCUAUAUAUAUCUAUCUACCAAGGUGAAGCUGUACAGAUCAACCUGUAAAAAUGAAGUUUCCUACCCGGGUCUUUCAGAAAUGAGACCUCUAUUUUGAAUCUAGACUGAGGCUGAUGGUAUCUAAAGCGAAGCAGAUUUGGUAAUUGUUCGAUUCCUUCGAAACAUCAUUAUCGAAAGGCCAGUUCGUGAGAUGAUUUAACAGGCGACUUGUUGAGAGAUCAGACACUAGUUUCAUUUUAAAACGAUCGUUGCACGCUAGAUUGUGAUAUUUAUUUUACAAAUAAAUCAUGUUUCAUUACAGGUAAAUCUCUCGUGCAAUAUUCCAUUGUAUAUUUCUGUCGUUUAUUUACGAAUUUCCAUCUAGAAAUCAUGACUUGCACAUUCUGCCUACGUGUACUUGUGAAAAUAUCAUUCCAUUCCAUAUGUACAGAUUUUCAAGUGACAGUUGGUUUUGUCUUUUGAAUUAUGUAAAUCUGAAUAUGAUUUGUACUUGUUACUACGAAAACUAUGUUGAUUUACAAUUGCUACAUUAUUUUUUAUUCGCUGAAAUAGUAUAUGUUUAUAUGUUGUACUUAUGUAAUUUAGUAUAGCCCGUGAAAGCAAGUUACUCCACGGUCAUAGGGCAUAACAGGGAAGACAGUCUCGCGACCAAACGUCACAAAAAAACAACAACUACUGUAUUUUCAAUAAUGAUUUAAUCAAAUGUUAUACUUUUCCGUUCAAACUUUGUAAUUGAUUUCAAAGAUACUUUUCAAUUAUUCAUGUAGAGAAAAUGCUUUUAAUCUCAAGAUCUUUGGGCUUUUGAUUUGAAUAAUUAAUGUGGCAUCUGAAUUGCAUUUAUGGUAGUUUUUGUGUUUGCUAAAAUGUUGCAUUGAAGUACUCCAUGAAUAUUUAUGAAAAAUCUUUUGCACACUUCCCGAUCUGUUUACAGGGUGGUCGUUAGUUUUGGCGUCAUUGAAAGAAUCAAAAAACGUGUAGAUUUAUGUGACUGUGUGGUGAAUUUAUAAGAAAUAAAGAAAAUUUUAAAUAAAGAA